ACUGACUGUAGGGGCUGUCUACUUCAUACAGCUUUACUGCAGAGACGUUACCUCCGAACUUUGUGAUGAGGCACACAAAUGGAUUUUAAAGCUGAUUGAAGCAGAACAAUCUGUGGUGAACAUGAAGGUCUUUAAAAACAUUCCAGUAAUAGUCUUUAUGACAUAUUUCAGCCUGAUUGAAGGGCUACAGAGAGCACCUAGAAUCACAACAUUGCUUGAGACAAUGGAUUUGCCCCUGGAUCAGAACGCUACAUUCAUCUGUGAGGUUGAUUCAUACCCUCGAGCUGAUAUAACAUGGACACGAAAUAAUUAUCAGAUACAGUAUUACAAUUCCAGAUACGUGAUACGUGAAAAUGGCCAAAUGCUGAUUAUCCCCAAUGUCAAGGACAUAGAUAAUGGAGAAUACUGCUGCACUGCUAACAAUGGGGUUGGAGAACCAGCCAAGAGCUGUGGAGCUUUACAACUCAAGAUGAAGCCUCAAAUCAAAAGGCAUCCCACAAAUAUGACGUUGCUUUUGGAGUCCAAGGCAGUGUUGCCAUGUGUAACGAUAGGAUAUCCCAAACCAGAAAUCUCCUGGAUUAAAGAUGAUGAUUUAAUAAAGGUUAACAGUCGCAUUUCAGUGUUGGAAUUCGGUGCGCUAAAAAUUAAUAACAUCAAGAAAGAAGAUGCUGGACACUAUCGCUGUGUGGCCAGAAAUAGUUUUGGGACUGCUUAUUCCAAACCAGUUACCAUUGAAGUACAAGCACCUGCCAAAAUACUGAAAGUUCCCAAAGAGAAGAAAGUUCAGAUCGGAUCAGAAGUUGUGUUAGAGUGUAACGCCACCGGCAAUCCAAUCCCAUCAAUAACCUGGCUUGAAAAUGGCAAUCCGAUUUUAGGAGCAUCAGUGGUGGAGACUCUUGAAGGGGAGGUCAUAGGAUCUGUUCUGCAUGUGGUGGUGCAUAAACCUGCUCUAUACACGUGUCAGGCUACUAACCAGCACAGUGGAGGCAUCAACACAGUAAAAGCCACAGCAAAAAUAACUGUUUCAGAAUGGAGGCUCUACAAAGGCACAUCUGGUUACUGCAGCACAUACAGAGGUGACGUGUGUCUGAAUGAGCUCCAUCGAGAUGCUCUGGUCUUCUUCAACUACUCUCUGCCAAACCCAGAGGAUGCUCAGGAGGACCUGGCUCAGAGUGCGUGGGACGAGCUGGAAGGAGUGAGCUCAUUUUGUAGGCCCGCUGUCAGAUCGCUGCUCUGUCAUGCCACCUUCCAGGACUGCAACCCAUCUGGUCUGGGACCAGCACCUAAACCUGUCUGCAGGGAGCACUGUUUGAUAGUGAAAGAGCUUUACUGUUCUGCUGAUGAAAGAUCUCUUCGAGAGGUCCCGCAUAGCUUGAGCAUGACUCUCCCAGAAUGCAGCUCUCUACCCAGCCAACAAACAGACCCAUCAUCCUGCACAACCGUUCCCUAUGUCGAUAUCAGCAAAGACCAAGUAACAACAACAUGCUACAAUGAUAGAGGGCGGUUUUACCAAGGAACUCACAAUGUUACAGUAUCCGCUAAUCCCUGCCAGAGAUGGGACCUGCAGGAUCCCUACCAUCCUAGACUCUCAGUAGAUGUGAUUCCAGAAUUGCGAAAUGCAGAAAACUUCUGCCGUAACCCAGGAGGAAAGAGGGACAGGCCGUGGUGCUACACAACAAACCCCAAUGUACGCUGGGAGUACUGCCUGGUGCCCAAAUGUGGAGAAGUUACCAGUGUGAAGACAGCACCAUCAAUUUCAAAACCAGUCCAGUUCUAUCCACCUCCUUCUGGGUCCACAGCCUACACGAUGAGCGUUAUUAUCUUUGUCAUUGCUGGCUUUGCUAGUGCUGCCUUCUUCACCAUCCUCAUCCUUAUGUGCCAUAGGCGAAAGAAAAUGUGGAAUAAACGAAAGAGUAGGGUGCUGGAGACGCCAACUCUGACUGCCUUGCCCUCAGAGCUCCUGUUGGACAGGCUUCACCCCAACCCCAUGUACCAACGUGUGCCUCUCCUCCUCAACUCCAAGCUGCUCAGUCUGGAAUAUCCACGCAACAACAUUGAAUAUGUCCGUGACAUUGGAGAAGGGGCCUUCGGGAGGGUGUUUCAGGCGAGAGCACCUGGACUUUUGCCAAUGGAGCCGUUCACUAUGGUGGCAGUAAAGAUGUUAAAGGAGGAAGCCUCGGCCGACAUGCAGAAUGACUUUCAAAGAGAAGCCGCUCUCAUGGCUGAGUUUGAUCACCCCAACAUUGUACGGCUCCUGGGAGUCUGUGCGGUGGGGAAGCCCAUGUGUCUGAUGUUCGAAUACAUGGCCCAUGGGGACCUGAACGAAUACCUGCGACUGCGCUCUCCUUCCCAGCAGCCUGCUUUGAGUCGGGAUAGCUUGAUGUGCAGCAGUCUCGCGUCAGUCCCCGAGCAUUAUCCGCCCCUCAGCUGCCUAGAGCAGCUUUCCAUCUCAAAGCAGGUGGCGGCAGGCAUGGCGUACCUGUCGGAGCGCAAGUUUGUGCACCGUGACCUUGCCACUCGCAACUGCUUGGUUGGAGAAAACCUAGUCGUGAAAAUCGCAGACUUCGGCCUCUCACGCAACAUCUACGCGGCGGAUUACUACAAAGCCAGUGAGAAUGAUGCCAUCCCCAUUCGCUGGAUGCCGCCUGAGUCCAUCUUCUACAACCGCUAUACCAGUGAGUCAGAUGUCUGGGCUUAUGGAGUGGUUUUAUGGGAAAUCUUCUCAUAUGGCAUGCAGCCCUACUAUGGCAUGGCUCACGAGGAGGUCAUCUACUACGUAAGGGAUGGAAAUGUUCUGGCUUGUCCAGAAAAUUGUCCACAGGAGCUUUAUAAUCUCAUGCGUCUGUGCUGGAGCGGCCAUCCAACAGACCGGCCCAGUUUUGCCAGCAUUCAUCGUAUUCUGGAGAGGAUGCAUGACCAGAUGCUCAAAUCUGGCCUUUCUUGAGGAACUUUGAAAAUGCAGUUUUUAUAUAAACUUUAAGUAAUUCUUGUGUUUUUUUAGAUUUUCAUAAAACCUUGAGGGAUCUUGAAGAGUGAUAAACCACCAGAGUUUGUUUAACAACUUACAAAGUUCCCACAAAUACUGCAGAUCCCAUGGAUUACUAUGGAAUUCAGUAUGAGCCUGAAAUGAUUGAAAAGGCUAACUUUUACACUUUAAGUAACACUGAUCCCUCACAAUCUUUGAAGAUAAAUGUUUCAUACGUAUCUGCUCAUGGGAUCACAGUUGUUUUCUUACAAUGACGCAGAUAGACAUCAAAGGUUUGAGGUGAUUUAUAUAAACAGGAUCUCUUGUAAAGUAGGCGGCUCAGGUCCAGUAAUGAGGUGGUUACAGCACAAGAACAUGAAGAGCCCUUAAAUCUCUGCAAGCGGAGACAAAGAUCUGUGCCAUAGAUUUGUUCUGGUUUUAGUUGUGGGGUUUCAUGUAUUUGAUUACUGUUUGAUAACAUUCUUAAAAGAUGUUCCGAAAAGAACAUGAUGUGGAGCUUUAAUGGCUUUUCUAGAAUAGCGAAUUUUACAGUGCACAUCAUCACUUUAUUGUCGUAACUAAAUAGUUUCAUUUGAUUUUCUUAUACUGCUAUUCCAAGUUCCCAAGUUUUGUUUUUCAUUCAUAUGUAAAUAGAAGUGACAUAAUGUAUCAGAAAAAGAUUGUAUAAAAAAAAUUUAAAUGAUGCAUUCUCAAGCACAUUGACAAUACAAAAUUUCAAAAGCUUUUGUCACAACAGCUACAGUUUUAAAGUCUCAGUGAACCGGAAGUCGCAAUCGAUUUUACUUCUGCAUUGUGGCAUAUUUCUGAGUAAAACAGAAUAUCACGCAUUGAAAAUAGUGGCAGUGGCUUAUGUUUUUCAUUGUGCUUUGAUUGGAUAUAAAAAUUAGUUCAGAAAUGGAAUGACUGCCGACAGCAGUCAGCAGACUUGACAGUUGGAGGGGGCGGAGUUAACUGAUGCUUCCGCCCAAGCAGUCUAACUGUGUUCGCCACAAGAAGGCGGAAUUGUCCAUUUUGAUUUCCUCGGGACUUUAAGUUUAAAUUGUGAAGUAUAAUACAAUUUGUCAAAGAAAUAAAAAGUAACAAAGAAAUUUGCAUUUGGUUUUUAUCUUUGUUAACAGCAAAACUUUCCACUUCUAUUAUAUAUUGUUAAAACCAACGCUAUCUCAAGGGAAUUCGUACAUAUUUUAUGAGUUGGCGAUUAUACGACUAUAGUAAUACGGUUUUAAUUUGUAGUCAUUCAUACGACCACAUUCGUAAGUUUUUGUACGAUUUGCCUUGACCCCUGUGACGUUGGGGCUAGGUGCAGGGUUCGGUUUUGUUGUUGUUUUUUUCAUGAAAAACAUAGCCUACGAUUUUGCACGAUUAACUUCGUAUGAAUUAAUACGAAUUAGCCAACUCAUAAAAUAUGUAGAAUUUCUCAUGAGAUCAGGCUGGUUAAAACACAUAGCAUGACUUUUUUAAGUGUUGUUGUGUUGAUAUUGUUAUUUGAUUUAAAAUAAGCUCUGUCACAUUAUUAUCUAGCAGUCACAUUAGCUAUGGGUGCUGCAUAUGAAAAUGUGUUUGAAAUAAAAACAUUUAUUAUUAAAUAUAGAUU